GUUCGCGGUCACACUGCACCAACACGUGUUUCGGUCGUCUUGAAUAAAAAAAAAUAUUUUAAAAAUCUAUAUUCUUUAGAAUAUGAUGAAGGUAAAAGUAGAGCGCCCUGGUGAUGCCAACGAGUCCGUCCAGAUCAGUGGAGACGUGACCAUUAAGGAGGAGGAGACCUAUGACGACAAACUUUUGUUUGUGAAUGCGAUAGCCAAGCCAAUGGCGGGCAAGAAACUCGCCAAGAAGUGUUAUAAACUGGUAAAAAAGGCCAUGAAACACAAGACGUAUCUGCGGAAUGGACUUAAGGAUGUGCAGACACGUUUGCGCAAGGGGGAAACAGGCAUUUGCAUCUUUGCUGGCGAUGUGACACCUGUGGACAUCAUGUGUCAUCUGCCUGCCGUCUGUGAAGAAAAGGGCAUUCCCUAUGCGUACACCCCGAGUCGUGCAGACCUAGGUGCCGCCAUGGGCGUCAAGCGGGGGACAGUUGCGCUGCUCAUCCGGCAGAACGAUGACUACAAGGAUCUGUACGACGAGGUCAAAGAGGAGUUGUCCGGCCUGAAUGUCCCCAUCUAAACCAUUAGAAUUAAGUUUCGUAUCCACUUUAGAAUCUAGUUAAGCUUAUCGAACUAAUAAAGGUCUGUAAUCUUCCCAAUGGUAGCUUUCGCUGCCGCCAAAAGAAUCCAAGCA